CUUUUUGCGACUACGCUUUCACAUCUUCAGGAAGUGAGUUUAACAGGGCAUAUUUCGAUUUGCUGAGAAAAUAACUAUACGAUGUCGGGGAGCUUUUACUUUGUUAUGGUCGGUCAUCAUGACAAUCCUGUGUUUGAGAUGGAGUUUUUACCAACCGGGAAGCCUGAAUCAAAGGAUGACCAUCGUCACCUCAACCAGUUCAUCGCACACGCGGCCCUUGACUUGGUGGACGAGAACAUGUGGCUGUCCAACAGCAUGUACCUGAAAACUGUGGACAAGUUCAACGAAUGGUUUGUCUCAGCCUUCGUCACAGCAGGACAAAUAAGAUUCAUUAUGCUGCACGAUGUUCGACAAGAAGAUGGAAUCAAGAACUUUUUUAACGAUGUUUAUGAUUUAUACAUCAAGUUUGCGAUGAAUCCUUUCUAUGAAAUCAAUGCCCCGAUACGCUCAACGGCAUUUGAACGGAAAGUCCAGUUUCUUGGAAAGAAACAUCUCCUAAGUUAAUCAUGCCACACCAAGAUCUGAAUGUAUUCUUCUCAUUGUAUAUAUAAAAAUAAAAAAGUGCUCGUCUGUUCUUUUUCUGUUGCAUUCAAUAAAAAGUAUGACUAAAAGAAA